CAAAAAUGGAGUGAUUCGUUUGGACAAAUGGAGAUGCGGGGUAAAUUGUAUUAGCGGGUGAUUAUGUUAGUAAAUCUUACGUUAUCAACACCAGGGCAAGCUACAUACUGACUUUACAGAUCAGCGAUUUGACUUCGUAGAUUACUGACUGUUAUAUUGGGCAUAAUGUGUCAGCGGUGCUUUUCAAACGCAGCAAGGCUGUUUGCCAAGGACAGGCCUGGACCUCUUUGUGGCCAUUUGACCAAGAAGAGGCGAGUAAAAGUGGAAACAACGUAAUUAUUUAAAUGGAGAAAGGACAGGGCUCAACCUAACCAUAGUACCUAUAAACCUGAAGCAUAGCGAGGACUGCACCUAUAGUUGCAACAAACGCGACAGACAAACCACAUUGUGAGGGAAUCCGUUUUGUUCAGAGGAUCCAUAUAGGUUUUCCUCUGCGCAGUUUGCAGACACAUUGAAACAUUCUGUUCACUAACACGAUUCUUAGUACGUUUGAUACAUCCAGUGAGUAUAAACAAGUCUAUAUACGAUGUGAGCAAAAAAAAGGCCAUGGUGGCAAAGUAAAUACAAUAUAGCAAGUAAAACACUGGAAUGGUAGAUUUGCAGUGGAAGAAUGUGCAAAGUAGAAAUAAAAAUAAUGGGUUGAGUUUCGGCUCGACUACAGAGGCGUGUCCUGUCGAACUGUCAAACUCGGUGACGCUCUGUUGGGCGUCAUCGGUCCCAGGAACUUUCGUCCGACAGGAGUUGAACUGCGUUCAGACUCUUCCUGACGCUGCUAGAAAAUUCUCGACCUUUCUGCGCGGGUAUAAACUAGAAUGGGUCCCAAGUGGAGCAGACAGAACGGUAGCGUUCUUCAACAGUAAGUCUACAGUUCAAGUUAGGCUUUAAUACGUUUAUGUACCAUUCCAUAGAUAUACUACCUGCAACCGGACCAGCGCGUUUAAAGAGAAAUUCCCGUCUACCUUGUGCGAAUUUGAUUGGCAGUCAGCACAGGCUCAAACAAGGGAACUUUAAACUAUUUCUCGCAGCUAUUCGGAAUUAACACACCGACAGCUACAUGGUCAAAAUGGGUAAAGACUACUAUAAUGUUCUGGGCAUACAGAAAGGGGCGACGGAGGACGAGAUCAAGAAGGCUUAUCGCAAGCAGGCUCUGCGUUACCACCCGGAUAAAAACAAGUCUCCCAAAGCCGAGGACAAGUUUAAAGACAUAGCUGAAGCUUAUGACGUCCUGAGCGACCCAAAGAAAAAGGACAUUUACGACCGAUUCGGCGAAGAAGGGUUGAAAGGAGGAGGCCCCCCAGGAGGAGGGGGUGUUCCCGGGGGCCCUAGUUUCAGCUACUCCUUCCAAGGCGACCCCCACGCCAUCUUCGCCGAGUUCUUCGAGGGCCGGAGCCCCUUCGACCAGUUCUUCCCCCGAAACGGCGGGGGCCCAGACGGGGACAACAUGGACACUGACGAUCCCUUCGCCCGUUUCGGGAUGGGCGGCGGUGGCAUGGGGGGGUUCCCCCGUUCCUUCAGCACAGGGAUGGGUGGAGGGGGGAUGGGGGGGCAGAUGGUUGAGAAGCACCAGGACCCACCCGUGCUCCACGACCUCAGGGUGACCUUAGAGGAGGUGCUCUCAGGCUGCACUAAGAGAAUGAAGAUCUCCCACAAGCGGCUGAACGCAGACAGACGGACCCUCCGGACGGAGGACAAGAUCCUGGAGGUGAAGAUAAAGAAGGGAUGGAAGGAGGGGACGAAGGUCACCUUCCCUAAAGAGGGGGACGAGACGCCGACGAACAUCCCGGCAGACGUGGUGUUCGUGGUCAAGGAUAAGCCACACCCGGUGUUCAGGCGAGACGGCUCUGACAUCGUUUACCCCGCCAAGGUCUCCCUCAGAGAGGCGCUGUGCGGCUGCACGGUCAUCGCCCCCACGUUGGACGGCAGGACAGUAACCGUGACGACAGGGGACGUGGUGCGUCCGGGGAUGAAACGCCGCAUCACGGGGGAGGGGCUUCCUCUGCACAGACGGCCCGAUCGCCGCGGUGACCUGCUGGUGGAGUACGAGGUGGCGUUUCCGGAGAGACUGAGUCAGAGUGCCAAGGAGACCAUCGCACAGGUGCUUCCACCCUGAUGGCUGUAAACGUCUUCAGGACAAAACGGACGGAGCAGACGAACAGUGAAAGGCAACAUGUGGCUGUCCUCCCUAUCGCCUCUGACCAAAGAACGUUUAUCGCCGCCAUUUUCUGUUCCUUUCCAGACGAUUCUGUGUUGAAUCGCCAUCGUUCGUCGACACCCAUCAGGUGACCUACUGCGCACGGCCAACUUUCAUUGCGGUGUCUCUUGUCCUUUAGUUGAGGAAACUGUCACUCUGGACCUUGUGAGUCCACUUCAGAACCACUAGUGAACUGAGGAAUCUGUCACUCUGGACCUCGUGAGUCCACUUCAGAACCACUAGUGAACGGAGGAAAACCUGCAACCCAGAUUAUUCAAAAAGCAUCUUAGAGUAGAUAUACUGAUCUAAGAUCAGUGUAGCCUUUUAGAUAAUAAUACAUGUGACUACAUGGACAGGGGGGCACCUGAUUCCAAAUCAGCACUACUGCACUGUAGAACCAGAGACCAUCAAAUAAAUGUUGUUUGGCUUCCUUUAGUAUGAGCCUCUUUUCAGCUCUACUCCUCCACUGGUGAAUGUUGCCAUGUACAGACUAGAGCCAUUGGCUUGUGAGCAGUGGUUCCCUAACCUCUCCUCUGGGACCCUCAGACAUUUAACACAACGUUGUUGUAGCCCUGAACUGGCUCACCUGGUUCUCCUAGUCAAGGGCUUGAACUUGCUCACCUGGUUCUCCUAGUCAACGGCUUGAACUUGCUCACCUGGUUCUCCUAGUCAACGGCUUGAACUGGCUCACCUGGUUCACCUAGUCAAGGGCUUGAACUGGCUCACCUGGUUCUCCUAGUCAAGGGCUUGAACUGGCUCACCUGGUUCUCCUAGUCAAGGGCUUGAACUGGCUCACCUGGCUCACCGAGUCAAGGGCUUGAACUGGCUCACCGAGUCAAGGGCUUGAACUGGCUCACCUGGUUCACCUAGUCAAGGGCUUGAUGAUUAGUUGAUAUGAGAGAGAGAUUAGGGUGAGAAUGAAUGGAUUCUAUUUGACACCCUCUCCAAGACAUUUACUGCCAGGGAGACUGUUGGAGUAAGAGAUUCAUCAUGAUUCCUCUUGUCAAGGGCUUGAUGAUUGGUUGACUAAUGUAAUCAGGUGUUCUAGCUCUUGAGUAGAUGAAAUCCAUUUGUCUGCGGGUCCCUCAGGAGAACUGAACUCCUGGGAUUAGAUUUGUAUCUCUUGGUGGCAUUUCUUGGCAGAUGGCGUCUUUUCAUGUAUCUAUUCUAAGGGUUUAGGUGUCAUGGGUUGUUUUCAUGUAUCUAUUCUAGGGGUUUAGGUGUCAUGGGUUGUUUUCAUGUAUCUAUUCUAGGGGUUUAGGUGUCAUGGGUUGUUUUCAUGUAUCUAUUCUAGGGGUUUAGGUGUCAUGGGUUGUUUUCAUGUAUCUAUUCUAGGGGUUUAGGUGUCAUGGGUUGUUUUCAUGUAUCUAUUCUAGGGGUUUAGGUGUCAUGGGUUGUUUUCAUGGUUUUGGAUUCUGAUCAAAUCAAUAGAAAGUAUUGCCACUGAUCACUGAUCAAUGCCCAUAGUGUGAUAAUACCCAUAGUGUGAUAAUACCAGUAGUCAUUGGUUUAGAAGAGAAACAACGCUAUUGGAAUGUAUAGAAAUAUAAUCUAUAGAACGGUCCUUCCCAUUCAAGUCAAUGCUGAUUCCAUUUCUAUGCUUGAAUGGUCUUCACUUUUCCAGGAUGCUACAAUAACAGGGUGGAGGGAAGUGUGAGUGAGGGGUGUGUUUUUCAGCUAGUGUGUAUGAGUUAGCUAACUAGGUGAUCGUUUUUGUACAGAAAUGGUUUGGAACGAAUGACUUGCUGUAGGAUCUGGGCUGUGUAUGGUGUAACUGUUUGGGUACUAUCAUGAGAUAGGAUGUUAGCACAGUAACCAUGGGAGAUAUAGGCUUUCAUGUUAAACCCAUAGCACUCUUCUUUACUCAAUAUUAUACACAACAUGUAUCGUUGCCACCUGUUGUUGAUGCAGUAAGUGAGAACUGUCCAGAAACUGAUAUAAAGCUGUUUAUUGAGCAAAUACUAUCAACUUUUGCUUUGUAACUAUUUAUGCAUUUAAAUGAAAGAUCACUUACCUCAAUAUAGAGGCCAUUUAUUUCUCCUUCACAACAGGAACUAGUUUUAUGUUUAAAUCACGUAGUUAAUAUUCAAGGAAUACUUUUAAGAAAAGGUUAACCCUGGACAGAAUCUUCUAAAACUACAACCAGACUCAGUUUGCUAUACAUUUGUCAUGUGUGUGUAUUAUAUUUCUGAACAGUUUUCUAUACACAAUGUAUUUUCGACGUGAAUAACUUUCCUAGGUAAAUAAAGUAUGUUUUCUUCCAGAUAAA